UUCGCCGGGACAAAUCAUGCGUUAAUGUUCCUGAGAAUGCGUUGGAGGUUUGGGUUUAAGCAGAUUUAGAUUUUUUUGCUCUGUGCUUCUUCCUUCCUUUCUUCAUAUCAAAGAUUUAGUCUUUACACAUUGUGCUCUGGUCAAUCAUUCUGAAAGAUUUGUUUUUUUUUUAGUGCUAUAUUUGUUUCAAUGGAAAUAAGUUUCAUUGGUUCUCUGUUGUAGAUGGAUAAUGGCUACAAGAACUGAGCUUGGAGAUGUUCUGAAACAGAGCCAAAGAAGAACGGCGUCAGAUAUGGCGGAUGCGAGGUUACAUAAAGGAGGAGCAGAGAUGAAGGAGUGUCCAACAAGUGGCACAGACAGUGAGAUUCUUCGUGUCAGAACGAAACGUUCAAGCCAUAGUCGUCGAAAGGAAUGUGUCGAUGAGAGUUUGGAAGACAAGGACGAGCUUGUGAAAUAUAUGUCCAAGUUGCCAGGUUAUCUCCAGCGUGUAGAUAGAGGUGAAGAGAGCGUACCACAGAGUAAUGUUUUGAAUGUUGGAGUCUUGGAUUGGGAUCGUCUUGAGAAAUGGAAGCGUGGUCGAGCAAGAUCAGGGAAAAGUGAGAGACAUGUGUCUAGUUGUGGUUUUGCUACUACUUCUACCUCAGGAGUAGUUGUUCCCAAUGAAUCUCAUCACAAGUGUGAGAUUGAUGACCAAUUCCCCACUUGCUCAAAUCUCGGUAAAGUUAAAGCCUUCCGGGAUCUUCAACAUUCUUUGGAACCUGUGUUGGCUUCUAGGGAUUCAUUAAAUAAGCAGGAAAUAGAAACUUGUAGCAGUAAGCCCUCUGGAAGAGAUCACAAAGCAGUGGAACCUAGGAAGAGCAGAAGAUCGCAUUCGAAUCAGGAAUCCUCUUCAGGUUUAUUGUCAGAAAUGGGAAACUCUGGUGGAUCACUGUCCAUGAAGAAAAACUUAGUGGUCCGGGAUAGGGAUACUCAGAAGAGAGCAGGGGAAAGAGCUACAGAAAGUGCAAGACAUUGUGUUGAGAAGAAGUUCAAUGAAGCUUCUACAACUGGUGAAAAGCAGGAGUUCAGCAACAUUUUUCUCCUUCGUUCAAGAAAACAGUCACAAAGCAGCACUCUUUCAUGUGAGCCCCAGUCACUGGAUGAUAACAUGAGGGGAGCAAGGGAAGCUAACCGUUCCUGUCCACUCUCUAUCGACCUAGAGAAAUAUUCUGAAGAUAGGAUGUUGCCUCUUGGUGCUGAACUUUCGGGUAAAAAGGAACGGUCUAGUGGGAGAAGGCAUUCAAAGACGGCUUCGAGGAUAUUUGAUCAAGAAAUACGCGAAGAUGAAUCAAGAAAGGAGAGACACCAUUCACCAAGCAAGCGGUUUAGUUUUAGCUUUGGUCGUCUCAGCAGAAGUUUCAGCGUGAAAGAGGAUUCAGAUGGCCAACCUUCUCAGGAUGCCUUCAAGUCUAGCUCUAUGAGAUUCGAUGGUUCAGUUUGUCCAUCUCAGUCAAGUAACCCGGAGAGCCACAACACUCAUUGCAGAUCUCGAGUUAGCCCUCUAAGACGGUUUCUUGACCCUUUAUUGAAACCAAAAGGCUCUGAAAAUGUUCUUCCAUCGAAAGCAAGGUCAAGUUCUUCCAAUCCAAACCCAACCAAGAGCGACAUACAACUUCAGGAUGAAAAGAAGCAAGAUACUUCGAGAACCAGAGCUCUUUUUCAGCUAACGAUUAGAAACGGCAUCCCUCUGUUUCAGUUUGUGGUCGAGGAUAACAACAACAGCAGCAGCAGAAGUAUUCUUGGGGGUUCAAUGAAAAGCUCAUCAUUCAAAGAUGAUUCUGUUCAGUACUGCACGUUUUACUCAGUUAAUGAAGUCAAAAAGAAAAAAAGCGGAAGCUGGCUUAUCCAUGGACACAAAGAGAAACACUGCGGGUUUGUCUACAAUUUAAUUGGUCAAAUGCGGUUGAGCAACUCCAUGAGCUCAGACUUAACCGAGCAGAAGUUCAGAAUCAUAUCUCCUGUUAUUAGGGAAUCAGUUCUGUUUGAUGAGUCAGAGCAAGUGAAAGGGAGAAAAGAGGUUGCAGCUGUAGUUAUAAAAAAGAAGCCGGUCGAAGAAAACUGUACUGGCCUCGAGGAAACGAGUGUGAUCAUUCCAGGCGGCGUUCACAGUUUCCCGGAGAAAGGAGCACCAUCACCGUUAAUUAGUCGGUGGAGAUCUGGAGGUUUAUGCGACUGCGGUGGCUGGGAUGUUGGAUGUAAACUCCAUGUCCUCUCUAACAAAUCACACCUCCAUGAAUUCAAUCAAACCUUCGAACUGUUGGACCAGGAAGGAAGUGAACAAGAGUCUGGUCCAGCUUUGGCGAUGAUUGAGCUAAAGACAGGGAUCUACAGGGUGGAGUUUGGUCCGUUGGUUUCACCGUUGCAAGCGUUUUUUGUGUGCGUGACGGUUAUAACAUGUGCUUCCGAGGCAAAGACCACCGUAAAAUCAUCUUCUCCUUUGGCUCCACCCUUAUCUCCUGUUGGUAGAGUCUAAACUCUGGACACAAGCAGAGUAUCUAAUGAUCAAUUAGUCUUUGUUAUAAUUUUCCCAACUUGUAUUGUGUUGUCUCGUAAAGAAGGGAGUCAAAAUCACAGAGAGAUACAACACUAUGACCAAAAUCAUGGUGAAUAUAUGUUAUUUACGUAAUGUUCCAAUUGUUUUGUAGAUCAUAA